AACCUCUCGCUAUUUUGCAAUAUACUUUCAUCUGAUAGACAGAUAUUGAACCAUGGCAGCCUCAGACAAGGCCAAAGAAUAUAUUUUCGAAGACUUACAAACCACUUUUCCUGCUGAAUUUGUCGCUCACGUCCAGUUGAACCGUCCCAAGAAAUACAAUGCUAUCAAUUCCACCAUCUUCCACAACCUCGCUCUCAUCUUCGACAAAUUAUCCCUCGAUCCCGACGUCCGCGUAAUUCUCCUCUCAGGCUCCGGACCCCAUUUCUCCGCCGGCUUAGAUGUCACAAGCGCCUCAUCUUCCGGACCGGUCUCCAAUCCUACAGAAUCCGAAGACGUUGCGCGUCGAACAUGGAAAGUCCGACGACAUAUGGUUUCUUACCAGAACGGCAUCUCCGCUAUCGAACGUUGCGAGAAACCAGUUAUAGGCCUCUUCCAUGGCAUCUCAUAUGGUGCUGCUGUUGAUAUUGCCACAGCGGCAGAUAUAAGAUACUGUUCCCAGGGUGUCAGGUUCUCUGUUAAAGAAGUUGAUGUCGGGUUGGCGGCUGAUGUAGGAACUCUUUCGAGAUUACCGAAAGUUGGGGUUAGUUAUUCGUGGGCGAAGGAGAUGGUUUAUGCGGCGAGGGAGUUUGGGGCUGAGGAGGCGGGGAAGGUGGGGUUUGUGAGUAGGGUUUUGGGGUCGAAGGAGGAGUUGGAAAGGGAAGGGUUGGAGCUUGCGAAGGUUAUUGCGAAGAAGAGUCCUGUGGCGGUGCAGAGUUCGAAGGCGAUUUGGGAUUUUAGUAGGGAUCGCAGUGUGGCGGAUGGGUUGGCGUUUACGGCUGCGUGGAAUUCGGCUAUGGUGCAGAGUGAGGAUGUUAAGAAGGCGAUGAUGAGUGGGUUGAGGAAGACGAAGACUAGUUUUGAGAAGUUGUAGGAUGGUUGUUGGUGUGGAGGUGGGAAGAGUAUUCUUUGUAUUCCAAGUCCUGUUAUGGAGGAUCAUAAGGCCCUCUCUGUUUUCAUCAGUCGUUUGGUAUCAAUGCAAAAUGGUGUCUUCAUGGCUCUUGGUAGGUCCAGAGAGCAAACUGUUUGAGAUCAAGGUCUCAUGGAGCUGUUUCCAAGUUUGUGCGACGCAUACAAUUCCAGAAAGACGUCUGGCGUGCACCUCGACCAUUCAUCAUAUUCGUGCGCUUCAAUGCAGGUGAUGGUGUCGAAGACGAGACCGCGCUCUUCGGAAGCGAGAUGUCACGCCACUCCGUCACUGUAAAGGUGUUGAGCGAGGGAAGU